CUCACGCCUCGGGAAAUAUUGCCCAUCGCGACUGGCGUGCCGAUAUUGUACCCCGCGCUGCAAAUUCAUGACUUUGGAAGAAUAUGGACAUAGGACAUCACAAUUAGCUGUAAAACACUGCACUAGAUGUCUCUGGAGACUGCCUGGCAGAUGUUCUAACACGAUGGCAUCAGGAAAAGAAGUCACGCUGCUACGGAGAGUCUUUCAGGACUGAGUCCACUUAUUCCUGCUGCCAAGUCCACACCUGCAGGUAAAGCCAUCAGUGCGCUGCCGUUAGCUUCAGGCUACCCUGUCUGUUGUUUUCCCCGCGGGACAUGUGCUGUAAAGCACUCUAACUUGACAUCCAGGAGUUAACAUGGAGAGGGUUUGCACACACUGCAGAGAGCCCCGAGAGGCCCAGAGCCUGUGCACAUACUGCAACAAGUGGCUGUGCUACCAGUGCACCGACAUGCACCCAGACCACAGGACCGCCGGCCCCCUGCUGCCACCGAGCUCAGGCAAGAGGCCCGCCCAAAUCGGCUCCAGCUACUGGCCAGGCGGGGUCCCCCUGUGCCACUUCCACAGGCAGGAGCCUCUGGACCUCUUCUGUGAGACUUGUGACCUCAUGUCCUGCAGCAGCUGCCACCUGUCCACCCACAUGGACCACAGGGUGGUUCAUGUCGGGAAGGCUCUCCAAGAUCAGCUGUGGCUCUUUGAGAACCUAAUGUUCCAGGUGGAGGAGAGGAAGUCCACUGUGGAGAACACAGCUAAGCAACUUGAGGACAGGUUACAUGGGGUGAAGAUCAUGCAGAGGAAGGCAGAGAACCAGAUCAAAAUGGCUAAGAUGAUUAUGAUAAAUGAGCUGAACAAGCGCGCCAACCUAUUAAUAGAGCAACUGGAGAGGGUCUCAAAUGAGUUCAAGCAGCACCUAGAGGACCAGCUGCAAGGCAUGAUAGACGUGUGCAGUCAGCUGGGCCACGUGCAGAACUUCAUCAGCUGGGCCACCACCCACCACCAAAGGAACCCUCUCCUCUUCAGCAAGGAGCUGAUUACUUUCCAGAUGCAGCGUUUGCUGGAGUCCCAGCUGCACUCUGACCUCGGACCCCCGGUAAAAAUCAAGUUCAACUGGGAUGCCAGCUUCUGGACCAAGCAGAUCUCCACGUUAGGUCAGCUGACCGCGGAAGGAGGAAGUCACUCUCACUCUGUGGGAAUGGCCUGUCCCAAUGUCCUGAAGCCUCGGCCCAUCACCUGCACAGCCUUGCCUGCCGCUGUGUGCCACAGGGCCCUGGACCAGGGCUGCAGCUUUCAGCCUCGCUUCCAGCCCCAGCUGUGCUGUCCCCACUGUGUAAACAUCAGCAAGGCCCCACAGCCCCAUCUAGACCUACUCCCGGGGCAUGGGAGGGAGCCUCUGGACCAGGGGGGUAGGUGCAACCCCAUAAGACCUUACUCCGAGAGGGCUCUGAUACAGCUGAAGAAGCAGUCUGAAAUGCAGCUGGACAAGAAAGAUCUGGAGCCAAGCCCCUGUCCUGCAACAUGCGUGGAGUCCGGCCAGAGCCAUCUGCACCCGCUGUGCCCCCCAGCCCUCGUCCGACACACAAGCACAAUCCAACAUCCCCAGCAGCGGGUUCUGAUGCAGCCGCAGCCGCAGCUGCAGCCGCCCACGGCGGACGCCCACCUGCGCAGCUCCAGCAGCUCCCCUUCCACUGAACGGCAGCAGCCUGUGCAGUCAAACCUGCAGGUCCUUCUGCAGUCCUCCAGCCAGGUCCAGCUCGAGCAGCUCCCCAGCGGGCAGGCGCAGCCGGCUUCAGACAGGAGCUGCGCAGAUGCAGGCCGGCAGGCGGCGCAGACAGUUAUUUGUCGACUCGAAGCGGACGCAUCCGCAGGGGAGAGCGGAGCUGACCGCGGCCAGCAGCAGAAAGGAGAGCCCACGCAAACAAAGACGCGGAAUCAAGCUCCGUCUGCGCAGGGUGUUACUCCAGAGCAGCGCGCCGAGCGGCGCUCAGCCGACGCCGAAAAGCUGCCCCAGAGCAGCAGCAGCGCCUGCAGGGGAACCGCCCCGCUGGAGAUGUUGGCGCCGGCCCACGAGCCUCCCAGCGACACUCCCACCAGGCCCGGCUCGCUGCAGGGGAUGAGUCUCGAGUCCCGCAAGGCCCCGGAGCAACUAGCGGAGCUGUCCCACAGCCUCCCAGGGGCCUGGUCCACAGGGGCCGACAACAGCCUAGCAACAGCAGCCAGGGAAUGGGGCCCUGCGGCUGGCCAGGAUGGCAGCACCCAGCCUGGUGAGAGGUCGGCGAAGGCGUCUUCGGAUGGGGCGGGGCAGGUUCCUUCCUCAGCUGCUUUCUCUGUCCCAGCUCCCACCACCAGCCCCCCCGGCCAGCGCUCCGCCUCGCUGAGCGUGUGCAAGACAGAGCCAGGUAAAAUAUAUGCAUGUGAAGACACUGGAACGGAGGGAAGAGCAAGGCUCAAGAUAUCAAGAAAGCAUCUGGAUACCAGAACUGCCAAGGACAUCAAAAAGGCCCCAAAAAGCUCCAGAAAGGUUCCGUUAGUGCACCUGGAGCGGCUGAGGAUCCGGAUGAUGCCUGGUCAGCCGAGCGUGUCCCGGCUGCCACCAAACGAACGGAGACACGGUGGCCCUGUCACUGACCCAGAGCCAACAACAGAGGGCGCUGUCACUCCAGAGCCGCAAAGGAGCCCAGCCUCAGAGGAGCAUCAGCACAAGGGGAGACCCGAUGAGCAAAUGGAACAGUGUAUUGAGGUCAGUCAGUCAUUAUCUCACCCAGAGUGGUCAAAGGAGCACCCAGCCAGCAGCGCUGACUUCAGCUCUGCAGAGAAAACACACUGCCCUGAGCAGGACAUAUUGCAAGAUCAGCUCUCUCUACAAUCACGCAACCCUGAACCUGAAUCAGAUCCAGGGCUGGAGUCUGAAUCGGAGCCACAAUCUGAAUCAUAUCCAGAUCUGGAAUCGGAACCAGAUUUGGAAUCAGAACCAGAGCUGAGAUCAGAGCAACAGCCAGAAUCAGAUCCGAGCCUAGAUUCAGAGCCGCAGCAAGAAUUGUAUUCAGAUGUGGAGCUGGAGCAACAGCCAGAAUCAGAUCCAAGCCUAGAUUCAGAGCCGCAGCAAGAACGGGAUUCAGAUUUGGAGGCGGAGAAACAGCCAGAAUCCGAACCAUAUUUGCAACACAAUGAAGAUUUGGAGUCAGAACAAGAAUUGGACCCUGGUCUGGAACCGGCCACCGAUUUGCCGUCAGAGCCGGCUGCAGUCUCCGGGCCCCUGUCAGAGUGCGGGAAGCGAGCGGGCCCCUGCAAGCGCACCGAUUGGCCGGCGGUGGAAGGCGAGGCCCAGGAAGAGGCGGGGCAGAUGGAGAACGAGGACUUCUGCGCCGUGUGCCUGAACGGGGGGGACCUGCUCUGCUGCGACCACUGUCCCAAAGUCUUUCACCUCUCCUGCCACGUGCCACCUCUCCUCAGCUUUCCCACGGGCGACUGGGUGUGCACCCUGUGCCGAGACGUCCAGCACCCGGAGGUGGAGUACGACUGUGAGAACACUCGCCUUCCGGCAGAUCACACAGGAAAGGUUGGAGCCUACGGGCUUUCGGACUUCGACCUGAGGAGGUGUGAGAAGCUGACGUUGUUCAUCUCCUGCAACAUCCUUAGCGCCCCCUUCCAUGAGCCGGUCAGUCCACUGGCCCGCCAUUAUUACCAGAUUAUCAAGAAGCCCAUGGACUUGUCAGUGAUCAGGAGCAAGCUCAACAAGAAGAGCCCCCUACACUACUACACCCCCGAGGAAUUUGUGGCAGACAUCUUCCUCAUGUUCAGGAACUGUGCGAAGUUCAAUUAUCCGGACUCUGAGGUGGCUCAGGCAGGCCGGAGCCUGGAGGCUUUUUUUAAAUCCAAGCUGAAGGAGGUGUUCAAAGAUAAAACCUUUUCGGUCCCAAAUGAGGACUCUGACAGCGAGGAGUACGAGGACUUCUACAGAUCGGGCGGGGAUGGAUUCCCCUGGCCGGGCAGGAAGGAACACUGCCACAGGAAGAGGAAGAGACGACAUUCCCUCAACUCACGGCGACAUCACUUUUAACG